AUACUGGCACACUGGCACAAGGGUUGCCAGAUUGAACCAAUUUUACUCUGAAUUGUUGCCAAAUUGAGCAUAUUCCUUUUCCAGAGACUGUGGAUAUUUACUCAACCAGUGAUGCUUUAUGUUUGGACUGCUACUUUGUCCCAAAACUUGCAGCUCUCCAUCGCCCCCUGUAUGACUGGAGUAUACAUCACAGCUCUACACCAAAAAUAACAUCUGACUCUGCAGCACUAUCAAAGCCUGUGCUCAAUGAUGCAGUUUCCAUCAUCACCCAUAUGAACUGGUCUAGCUGAAUCCUGCCUCCAAAAACAAAAAUUAAAAAAAUCAAUGCACAUAUACACACACACACACAACCUACAUAGAGCUUGAGUGUUAUUUAAUGAUGACGUGAUGUUGUGAGAUGCAGUAGCAGUGCACUGACCAGCGGGCGGCUACAGUCUCUUCUUAUUUUGCUGUAUCUCUCUCCAUCAUAGGAUACAAGCCAGGCUUCACGCAUCCCGCAGAACUGGUGUGUAUGCAUGCAUGCGUGUGUGCAUAUGUGUGUGUGUGUGAUUUCCACUCCUCCGCCAGCAUCACCCCUCGCUCUCCAUCAGGGAUGCUAAGGGAGUGUUUAUGAGCAUGUGCUGCGAAUCACACGGCAUGAUGGAGGACCAGCAGCUCCCCGGAUAAACACUGCAGACUCCCAACAACAACCACAACUCCAAUCAUGCACUUAAGACGGGUGGAAAGAUGUAGCUGAAAAACCAACAGAAACCAGUGUUGACCAAUCACAGUCUCGGGUUGUCCCUGAAAAGGGGCGUGCCCUGUGGAGUUCAGCCCAUCAUGUCCAAGAAACCCCCCAGUGGGCGAGGCAAAGGGGAGCGGCCUGACGCCAUGGCAGCGCUACAGGCCGCCAAUGAGGAGCUGAGGGCCAAACUCACAGAAAUCCAGAUCGAACUGCAGCAGGAGAAAACCAAGGUCAGUAAGCUGGAGAGAGAGAAGAGUCAGGAGGUUCGACACGAGCAGCACAAGUCCACGGUGGUGGUGACCGAGCUAAAAGCCAAACUUCAUGAGGAGAAGCUCCGGGAGCUGCAUGGCGUUAGGGAAACCCUGCUGCGCCAGCACGAGUCUGAGCUGCUGCGGGUCAUUAAGAUCAAAGACGGGGAGAUCCAGAGACUGCAGGCCCUCGUCAGCGCACUCAGAGACGGGUCCACUGAGAAGGUAAAAUCUGCGCUGAUGGCGGAGGUGCGAGAGGAGUCUAGGAGAAGUUUUGAAGGCGAACGCAUGCGACUUCAGCAGGAGAUCUCAGAUCUAAAGGGUGUAAAAAGGCAAAUGGAGGAUGCUUUAAGUGUGGCGCUGCAAGCAGACAAGAUAAAAGCGGCCGAGAUCCGUAGCGUCUACCAUCUUCACCAGGAGGAGAUCAACCGCAUCAAGAGAGAGUGCGAAAGAGAGAUCCGCAGACUGAUGGAUGAGAUUAAGCUAAAGGAUCGUGCUGUCUGUGGGCUGGAGAGAGAGCUGAACGCUCAGGCGGGCCACACGUGGAAACUACAGCAGCAGAAACAGGCUGUAGACACUCAGCUGGCCCUGCUGCGAGACUCCAGCCCCAGACGAGAAGGCCCUUAUUCCCCCACUGCAGGAGACACAGACAGCACUACUAACGCUAUGCAGCAGUUGGAUGAGAAAGACGCUCGACGGUUUCAGCUGAAAAUCGCAGAACUGAGUGCCAUCAUUCGUAAACUGGAGGACCGAAAUGCACUGCUGUCAGAGGAGCGAAAUGAACUCUUAAAGCGUCUCCGUGAAGCAGAGAGCCAGUAUAAGCCUGUGCUGGACAAGAACAGACGUCUCAGCCGCAAGAAUGAGGAGCUGGCUCAUGCAUUGAGACGCAUGGAGAACAAACUGCACUUCGUCACUCAGGAGAACAUCGAAAUGCGAGAAAAAGCCGGGACGAUACGACGGCCCAGUUCUCUGAAUGAUCUGGACCAGAGUCAAGAGGAGAGAGAGAUCGAGUUUCUGAGACUACAAGUGCUGGAGCAACAGAACAUCAUCGACGAUCUGUCCAAGGCUCUGGAAACCGCUGGAUAUGUCAAGACUGUCAUAGAGAGAGAUAUGCUGCUGAGAUACCGGAGACAAGACAGCCUGCGCAGGAAGAAGCCCUUCAGAACCUGUAGACCGGUCGUGGAGACGUUUUUUGGCUAUGAUGAGGAAGGCUCCAUUGACUCAGACGGCUCCUCUAUUUCCUACCACACAGACAGAACACCCUGCACUCCAGACGAUGACCUCGAGGAGGGCAUGCUGAAGGAGGAGACAGAGCUGCGUUUCCGUCAGCUGACGAUGGAGUAUCAGGCUCUUCAAAGGGCUUACGCUCUUCUGCAGGAGCAGGUGGGAGGAACCUUCGAUGCAGAGAAGGAGCUGAAGACCCGAGAGCAACUUCAAGCUGAAAUGAUCCGCUAUCAGACCAGAAUAGCAGAUCUGGAGUGUGUUUUGAGUCAUGAGGGACAGGAUAUGAAGUGGAUUGAGGAGAAACAGGCUUUGUAUAAACGCAACCAAGAGCUUGUAGAAAAGAUUAAAAACAUGGAGAUGGAGGAGACACGGCUGAAAAAUGAAAUUCAGGAUGCAAAAGACCAAAACGAACUCCUGGAGUUCAGAAUCCUUGAGCUUGAAGAAAGAGAGAGGAGAUCUCCAGCCAUAAACUUCAAGAAUAUCCAUUUUGCAGAGGGUUUGAGUCCUCUUCAGAUGUACUGUGAGGCCGAGGGUGUCACUGAUAUUGUGAUCACGGAGCUGAUGAAGAAGCUUGAUAUUCUGGGGGAUAACGCCAAUCUGACCAAUGAGGAGCAAGUGGUGGUUAUUCAUGCCAGGACGGUACUAACAUUAGCAGAGAAGUGGUUGGAAAAUAUUGAAGUCACCAAAUCAGCAUUACAGCAGAAGAUGAUGGACAUUGAAAGCGAAAAGGAGCUCUUUGGCACACAGAAGGGUUAUUUAGACGAGGAAUUAGACUACAGAAAGCAGUCUCUGGACCAUGCACACAAGCGUAUCCUGGAGCUGGAGGCGAUGCUGUUUGACGCUCUGCAGCUAGAGGAGUCGAGCGGGAAGGUGUCAGAGCUGCUGAGUGAACAGGACCGGGAUUCUCUGAGAGGAGCUGUGGAUCAGUGGAAGCGGCAGGUCUUGAGUGAAUUACGAGAGAGAGACGCGCAGAUACUGAGAGAGAGGAUGGAGCUGCUGCAGCAUGCUCAAGCGAGGAUAAAAGAGCUGGAAGAGUGGAUAGAGACACAGAAACGACAGAUAAAGGAACUAGAGGAAAAGCCUUUAUUCUUUGGUCGUAGUUCUUCCAAAAAGCAAGACAUGGAGUCAUGCGGCUCAGUGGACCAUGUGACUCUGGAGGAUGUGGAAUAUGGUGCUCUCUCUCUUGUGGACUCAAACUGUUUUUAUCCUCCUGAUCUUGUGACCUCUGUCUGAC